UCCGGCUGCGGAAGGCCGCGGCUCUGUGAAGCGGGAGACCUCGGGUCGGUGUCGCGGUGGGGACAGCCGAGGCUCUGCUCCAUUAAGCGGUCUCCGCUGUGCGGCUUCUGCGGCCGCUGAGCCAGCAACUUUAGGUCCCGGGAGACAGGCGUGCGGGGGCGGUGUCACCGAGUAUCAGCGUCUCCAUCACAAUCCCUCGCCUGAACCUUAGGCGUCAGCAAAACCUAGGGGACUUGAGCUGCCAGGGCUGACCGCGGGUCAGAGGACCUCCACCACCACCUCCCUCCCCCAGCGACUCCUGUCUGCUCCCCUGUAGACCACGAUUUCCCUGGCGCCUGGUUCACGCUGCSUAGGUGCGGCGUGGUGGCCAAGAUGCGCUCCUCUGCAUCCGAUGCAGAAUUUGAUGCUGUGGUUGGAUAUCUAGAGGACAUUAUCAUGGAUGACGAGUUCCAGUUAUUACAGAGAAACUUCAUGGACAAGUACUACCAGGAGUUUGAAGAUACAGAAGAGAAUAAACUCAUCUACACACCCAUUUUUAACGAAUAUAUUUCUCUGGUGGAAAAAUAUAUUGAAGAACAGCUGCUGGAGCGGAUUCCUGGAUUUAACAUGGCGGCUUUCACAACUACAUUACAGCACCAUAAAGAUGAAGUAGCUGGUGACAUAUUUGACAUGCUGCUCACAUUUACGGAUUUUCUGGCUUUUAAAGAAAUGUUUCUGGACUACAGAGCAGAAAAGGAAGGCCGGGGUCUGGACUUAAGCAGUGGCUUAGUGGUGACUUCAUUGUGCAAAUCAUCCUCUAUGCCAGCUUCCCAGAACAAUCUGAGGCACUAGGUCCCAUCUCCAGGCAAUGAACAGGAACAUUCUGGAUGUCACCAGUCUGACAGACUCAGAGAGACUACAGCUAAUGACGACAGAAGAGUCCAUCUCAGAAAGACUCUGUUCUGCAGCCCUUGGUUUGUGUUAAGUAUUGACAGGUCAGAAACAACAUGACCGGACCUUUGGACCCACUUCUCCUGACAAGCCGUUUUGUAUUAGUGUUCUUCCCCUCCCCACCUAGUCACCUCUCAGGUGCUUGGGUCAGGCCCCUCUGAUCAGGCCCAGGUCAGCCAUUCCACCUGGGAGCCCUUCCCUGGUACAUAUUGGUGUGCAUAACCACAACCAUGAACCCUCCUCUUCCCAGCAGGCUUUGCAUGAGUCCUUUGUGCACUCACUGCUCUUUUUUACAUGGGACAUAGUUUCAGUCCUUCACCCUCAAUGGGGUUUUUGUUUGGGAGUAUUUAUUUAGGGAGCUACUGGAGCCAGCUGCCUGUCCUGCGAUUUCUGUGUCUCCUCUGAUCCCAGCUUGUGCUGGCUGUGGGGUCAACCAAGAGAGAUGUCCUUUACCUAAAAGCUUCGUGUGAAAGUCAACUCCCA